UUCACCAGAAAGAUGAAUAAAAACAAUGAAAAACUUUACACUUUCAUUGCCAUAAAAAAUGCCCUUUUCUCCCAUAUUGUCUUUGGGAUCACAGCCAACACUAUCCUUCUGCUCUUCCAGGUCCACACCUUUCUUCUCAAGCACAGCCCAAAGCCCACUGACUUGACCAUCAGUCACUUGGCCCUAAUCCACAUAGUAAUGCUGCUAACCAUGAGGUUCAUGGUUACAGAUGUUUUUGGGUCUCAGACUUUUUGGAAUAUUGUCAAAUGUAAAUAAGUUCUCUACUUGUACAGGUUGAUGAGGGGCCUCUCCGUUUGUACCAGCUGCCUGCUGAGCAUCCUCCAAACCAUCAUCCUCAGCGCCAGAAGCUCCUGUUUGGCAAAGUUCAAACAUAAAUCCUCACAUCACAACCUGUAUUGCAUUCUCUUCCUAUAGAUCUUCAAUAUGUCCACUGAUGCUCGCUACUUAGUCUCCACUGUUGCCACCCCCAAUGUGACCUCGGCCUAUCUUCUGUUUGUCACUGAAUCCUGCUCACUUUCACCCUUGAGUCACUUCCUCGGGUACAUAUUUUCCACACUAAGGAUAUUUGGAGAUGUUUCCCUAAUAGGGCUUAUGGCCUUCUCAAGUGGGUACAUGGUGGUUCUCUUGUACAGGCCUAAGAGGCAGUCCCAGCAUCUUCACAGCACCAACCUUUCUCCAAAAGCAUCCCCAGAAGAAAGGGCCACCCAGACCAUUCUGUUGUUCAUGAAUUCCUUUGUGUUCAUGUACUUUUUCCCCUGGUAA